AACAAAUAUCUAAAAAUUUAAAGUCCUCAUUGAUGAGACUUCACUGUGAAUUGAUAUAAUGGUGUUAAACUAGAUUUAGUCAGUUAAGUAACUACGGCUGUGAAUAUCUGUGAUAAUUUACUUGUACACAUAUAUAAAUAAUGCACACUAAAGAUAUCAAUAUUUUGUAAUGUAUGCAGCUAGCAAUGUUAUUUACAACAUUUACUCAUAAUAUCUUUUGUAAUAUGUUUUCAUCAUGUAUAUGUCAAUAUUUACCAAUUAUGUCUUCGACAUUUCAUCUGAUAAAAGCCUAAUUAUUAACCAGAUAAGCCCACAGUAAAAUAACACUAUGUAGUUAAAAGUACUGAAGUUUAACUUCAACAUUUAUUUUUUAAACAUUCUAAGUUUAUUGACUUCAAUGACUUCACAAAAUAGUCUUUAUCUAUUUUUGUCACUAAGGACCAUAAUAUGUUCAGCUGCAUCAAACAUUUUUAUAUAAUUUAUUUUUUUAUUCUUGGCUAACAAAAGCUGCCAAAUGGUUUAUUUUUAUACCUUACAUUCUAAUUUAUGAGACAGACUGCACAUGUAUAUUCCAUCAUCCCAAGAUUAUUUUUGAGAUCUAACUUCUUAAAGAACUUAAGCUAGAUAGAAUACUUAAUAUGCUAAUCAGUGUAAAGGUGUUCUGUUCACUAGGUACACUAGUCUAUACAAACUACAACUAGUGUAUGUCUGGUAACUAUUCCAAAUGAGUAGGUACUAGGUAAGUAGGCAUCUAAGCCCUAAAUGUAUCAAAAGAGCCUUUAUGCUGUUUACAAUUGAGCACAGCCUUAGCGGCACUCGUGUAUGUUCACACCGACUUUUAAUGUCAAAACUGCGAAUAUAAAUGGCACGUACAUUUUUUUAUUAUUUUAAUACUACAUACAUCAUUAAAUUUUUCUGAUAUAAAUUAAACUACAGUUGAUUUCGGGUAAAACGACGAUGAUGGGUCCACUCGAACUAUUCGUAAUAUCUAUUAUCCGUUGUUGUUGUUAUUUAUGUUAACAAAGUUGUUAUUUGGUACUAAACCAUAAUAUAUAAACAUAACAUUUAAAAUAUAUGGCAGGUAAGCGUAGGUACUUGGCCAAUAUCCAUAUACAAUAGCUCUACGACCUACGUUUGCUGACCAAUUCUGUGAUUUUAUACGAAAGACGAAAAUAUGUCGCAGCCACAGUUAAGGUCGUUAUAAAUGGAAACCACUAUAUUUAUACUAUCAACUUAGAUUUUAAUGCCCCAUGCUUUUUUUAUGUACAAGGCAGAGCAUCCAGAGGAUUAAGGCGCGGUCGGUAGCUACUUGAUUCAUGAUAUUCCUAAUUAUACCGUAUCAUCAUCGCGGAGUGCUCAUUCAUUCCCAUAACAUGGGUGUAAAUUGUAAAAUGAUCUUUGGUUAAGCUUAUAUAAUGGUAGGCGUGGAACCUUAAAAACGCAGGCGCGGCGUUGGCCGUGAGACCUUAGGGGUGAGGGUGCGUCAGUCGGCCCUCAGCGACCGGAGGUGCUGUGCGCCGCGCCCCUCGACGCCAACGCGUGGCCCGGGGCGUGGCGCUUACGUAAACACGCGUGGUACUUUCGUUGCCGUAGCCACGCCACUGUCCGUCCUAGAACGACCCCAUGUCGGCCCGCCGCCUUAUCAAUUUAUGUGGAUAGCUCUAAGCACGCUGCCGCGCCACCGACGCUGCCAUUGCCAUCACCGUUUUCGGCGCUUAUAGCAUCAAAAAUGAAGAUGCAGGCGCGAGCUUCGCUGAUGGCGCUGGCCGCGCUGGUAGCGCUGGUAGCUGCAAACGCGGAGCGCGGUGGUGGUAUCAAAAUCGGUAGCGGUACAAUCGGCGGCGGGGGCAGAGAGGGCGCUCGCGGCGGCGGAGUUCGUCUUGGAUCUCGUCCGCGCACCUCCCCUGCUCCCCAAAUACCGCGACAACCCUCUGUGAUCACCGCUGCCCUUGUCGUGCCCCACAAGGCUUUCGGCGCACGUGAUUACACGAGGGCCGAGAAGGCAGCCUUAUCAAAAUUGCCGCGUAAAUUAAAACUCUUCUCACAAGUGCGUCUGAAUAUAACGCUUUCUAUGCAGGGCUUGACGCCAAGUCCAAUGUCUAUCUUGGACUCGCUAUGUAAAGAAUUUUUAGCAGUCAACGUGUCUGCUAUACUAUAUCUUAUGAAUCAUGAACAAUACGGGCGGUCUACUGCCUCUGCACAAUAUUUUCUACAGCUGGCCGGAUAUCUUGGCAUACCGGUCAUUGCGUGGAACGCUGAUAACAGCGGGUUAGAGAAGCAUGCGUCGCAUGCAUCCUUGAGAUUGCAAUUGGCCCCAACAAUUGAACAUCAAACUGCAGCAAUGCUUUCUAUUCUGGAGAGGUAUAAAUGGCAUCAGUUCAGUGUGGUCACAUCUGCUAUAGCAGGGCAUGAUGAUUUUAUUCAAGCCGUUCGAGAAAGAGUUUCCUCGCUACAAGAUCGUUUUAAAUUCACAAUACUAAACGCAGUGGUUGUAAAGAAACCAGCUGAUCUCAACGAGUUGGUGACUAGUGAAGCAAGAGUUAUGCUAUUGUAUGCCACGCGGGACGAGGCUGCUGAUAUUCUUUCUACUGCCGGAGAUUUACACCUCACCGGAGAAAGUUACGUUUGGAUCGUGACUCAAAGUGUCUUGGGGUCGAUGCAGCCGCCGAACAAAUUUCCUGUAGGCAUGCUGGGAGUGCAUUUCGAUACAACAAGCUCUUCCAUCAUAUCAGAAAUAGCAACAGCUGUAAAAGUAUUUGCAUAUGGAGUGGAAUCAUAUUUAUCAGAACCUGAAAACUUGAGAUAUCCUUUGGGCACUAGACUAUCCUGCGAUAGCGCGGGUAGUGGUGAGGCAAGAUGGUCAACCGGUGAAAGAUUUUAUCGACAUCUGCGUAACGUUAGUGUAGAAAGCGACUCAGGAAGACCGAGUAUAGAGUUCACUUCCGAUGGUGAAUUGCGAGCAACCGAGCUGAAAAUAAUGAACUUACGGCCUACUAUUGGAGAUCAGCUCGUGUGGGAAGAAAUCGGGACUUGGAACUCUUACCCCAAGGAACAUUUAGCUAUAAAGGACAUAAUUUGGCCUGGAGGUUUACAUACACCACCGCAGGGAGUUCCAGAGAAGUUUCAUAUGAGAAUUACUUUCCUAGAAGAACCUCCUUACAUUAACUUAGCACCACCCGACCCUGUAAGUGGGCGGUGCUCUUUAGACCGAGGUGUCAUUUGUCGUGUUGCACCAGAAAUUGAAAUUGUUGGAAUUGAGGCUGGAGCCGCUCACAGAAACAGUUCCUUAUAUCAAUGCUGUAGUGGAUUUUGUAUUGAUUUAUUGCAACAACUGGCAGAACAGUUGGGCUUUACUUAUGAACUCGUGCGAGUGGAAGAUGGCCGAUGGGGUACCUUCCAAGACGGCAAGUGGAAUGGUCUCAUAGCGGAACUCGUUAAUAAAAAGACGGAUAUGGUUCUAACGUCCUUGGUAAUAAAUUCAGAUAGAGAGGCCGUGGUAGAUUUUAGCGUUCCCUUUAUGGAAACUGGGAUAGCUAUAGUCGUGGCGAAGAGGACUGGAAUCAUUUCACCGACAGCUUUCCUGGAGCCGUUUGACACUGCGUCGUGGAUGCUUGUAGGGGCAGUGGCGAUACAGACAGCUACUUUCUGUAUCUUUAUAUUCGAAUGGCUGUCACCGAGCGGGCUUAACCGUUCGCCUGGUCAGAUCAAUGUGCAGAAUCGGUUCUCGUUGUGUCGGACUUAUUGGAUUGUUUGGGCUGUACUGUUCCAAGCUUCAGUCCACGUGGACUCUCCGCGAGGUUUUACAGCUCGGUUUAUGACGAACAUGUGGGCAAUGUUCGCGGUGGUAUUCCUUGCCAUAUAUACUGCGAAUCUCGCUGCCUUUAUGAUAACAAGGGAAGAGUUUCACGAAUUAAGCGGCAUCGAUGACCCCAGGAUUGUAAAGCCUAAGACAUAUCAGCCGCCACUGAAGUUCGGGACGGUACCUUGGUCCCACUCGGAUGCGACAUUGAAGAAAUAUUUUAGAGAGCCCCACUCUUACAUGACUCCAUACAAUCGAAGUACUGUAAGUGCUGGAGUGACGAGCAUAUUAACUGGAGAUCUAGAUGCUUUUAUCUACGAUGGAACAGUUUUGGAUUACUUAGUAUCGCAGGAUGAAGAUUGUCGACUGCUGACAGUGGGCGCUUGGUACGCGAUGUCCGGAUACGGUCUGGCCUUCACGCGUAAUUCAAAAUAUCUCGGAAUGUUCAACAAACGACUUCUCGACUUGAGAGCAAAUGGCGAUUUAGAACGUUUAAGAAGAUACUGGAUGACAGGCACAUGUAAGCCCAACAAACAGGAACACAAAUCUUCAGAUCCUUUGGCGUUAGAGCAGUUUUUGUCUGCGUUCCUAUUGCUUAUGGCAGGCAUACUUCUCGCCGCCGCUAUAUUGUUCUGUGAACAUUUGUAUUUCCGCUACGCGCGGGAACACAUCGUUAAGUCCGAGUUACAUCCUUGUUGUACACUCGUGUCUAUCUCUAUGGGGCAAUCCCUUUCAAUGCAAAAUGCAGUAAUGGAGACGACGACAGAUCAAGGCUUUAGGUUUGGCAAGCGACCCCAUUGCCGAUCUGCCGUGUGUGCUGCUCAGAUAUGGCGCGCCCAACACGAGCGCGACGCAGCGGUGGCUCGAGCGCGGCAAUUGGCGGUGGUACUUGCGGCUCACGGGCUGCAGCCUCCGCCGCGACGCCUCGCCUCCGCGGCGGCGCUGCACGCACGCGCGCACGACGCCACGCGCCCGCGCACGUUGCAUGUGCCCGCCGACAUACUGCCCGACCUAGACCGUCCGCUUUCUUGCGACGAUCUGCGCGCAAGAGAGCGGACGCGGGUAGAAAUGGAAACAGUGCUGUGAGGCGCAUAUAGCGCCACCUUUUUUCAAUUCCUGAAGGCUGUUCUUACACCAAGUUAUACAAAACAAAAUUAGUUAUACUUUAUGUUUAAAAUAAGGUCAGAUAAAAAAGCGUUGUAAUUAUUAAAUAAAAUAUUCCAAUUAUUAAAACCGAGAGGCGGAUGUAGAUAGCGAAGCGUUGUUGUGGGACGCGCGCGCGACGCGGGCUGGGCGUCGGACGUGCGUCCUCGUGUUGUCUACUACAAUAAAAUAUAUUUUUUGGACAAUAA